UUUAGCUCCCACUUCGACUCCGGAUCAGACAGAUGACAUGCAAGCUCUGCUGUGUCUCACAGUGGGAUCAUGUAGGAUGGAUGGAUGAUGGAUCAGCUGAAUUCCAGAUGGAGCGCCGCUGAGUGAACUGUCCUGGCCAUCCUCUCUUGCAUUGGUGGCUGUUUCCUUCUCUGGGCUCAUCACCUUCAUAUUCCUCAUGCUGGCUUGUCUGUGCUGCAAGAAGGGGGACAUUGGAUUUAAGGAGCUUGACAAUGUGGAGGGAGAAGAUUACACCACCGAAUUCUCUAUCCAGAGUUCUCCAGCCACGCAAAAUGGACCAGAAGUUUAUGUCUUAUGUCCUUCCUCUUACAGAGGUCUCGGUACCAAUGUCCAAGCAGCCGGGAAGAUCAGUUCAACUUCUCAAAUCUACAGAUUUGGGAAGACAGAGCUUGUUGUACUUGAAGGAAAUUGGCCAUGGAUGGUUUGGCAGGGUGCUGCUUGGGGAGGUAAAUUCUGGGCUUACCAGUACCCAGGUUGUGGUGAAGGAACUAAAGGUCAGUGCCAGUGUUCAGGAGCAGAUGCUGUUCCUGGAGGAGACUCAGCCCUACAGAGUACUCCAGCACCCCAACCUGCUGCAGUGUCUGGCUCAGUGUGCUGAGAUCACCCCCUACCUCCUGGUCAUGGAGUUCUGCCCACUGGGGGACCUGAAAGGAUAUCUGCAGAGCUGUGCGGCUACGGAGUCCACAGCGCCUGACCCCCUGACCCUGCAAAGGAUGGGUUGUGAGAUGUGCUGCGGGCUGCUCCACCUGCACAAGAAUAAUUAUACUCACAGUGACCUCGCUCUGCGGAACUGCCUCUUGGCUGCUGACUUGACAGUGAAAAUUGGAGACUAUGGACUGGCACAUUCCAAGUACCGGGAUGACUACCUACUGACGUCCGACCAGCUGUGGGUUCCUCUGCGGUGGAUUGCACCGGAGCUCAUUGAUGAAGUACAUGGGAACUUGCUGGUGGUUGAUCAGACUAAGGCCAGUAACAUCUGGUCCUUGGGAGUUACACUUUGGGAGCUGUUCGAGUUGGGACGGCAGCCGUAUGACACAUACUCUGACCGGCAGGUCCUCUGCUAUGUUAUUAAGGAGCAGCAGCUCAAACUACCUAAGCCGCAGCUCAAGCAACUGCUUUCAGACCGCUGGUAUGAGGUGAUGCAGUUCUGCUGGCUGCAGCCUGAGCAAAGACCCACAGUGGAGGAGGUGCAUCUUCUACUUUCCUACCUAAGUGUCAAAGGAGCUGGCGAGCUGGAGGAGGAGUUUGAGAAGCGGUGGAACUCCAUGAAACCAAGUGGGACGGAUAGUGCAGGACAUCAUGAAACCGAACUCUCCUCUUACCCUCUACUGGAGCACUUCUCCUCAGAUGGAUUCCACACUGAUGGUGAUGAUGUGUUAACUGUGACUCAGACUAGCCAGGGGCUCAACUUUGAGUAUAAAUGGGAGCGCGGGCGGCAUGAUCAAUACCCACUGAGUCCAGGGUGCCAACCAUACCAAGACAUGUACUACACCACAAGCAAUGGUGACAGGCUCAGUCUGGGUGUAUCCCCAUCUGGCUUUGAAAAUAAAGAUUGCAACCUUGAGUCUCGUCCGCUUGAGUUGGUGCCUGUCCUGAGUGCCCGUAGUCCCUCAGUGGCAGGAGACUACUACAUCCGUAUUGAGGAGCCUUUGGGCAGCAAUCAUCAGCAGGAUUACAGCCCACAGCAUGAAGAGCACAGUGUAAAAGAGGAAGAGAGACCUAUGACAGAGAACCAAACAAGUGAGAAUAGUCCAUCUGUAAACCUUUCCAUGGAGCCUCUGUUGGCACAAGCAGAUUCUUCUGCAGAAGAUGACUGUCUGCUAAGUGAGGACAAAAAACAAAGUAAUUGCUCCUUUUAUGAGGAUGAGGCAGAUGAAAAACAGGUUGUCUCUUUAAAAGAGGAAACUGAUGGGCUGAGUGGCUUUGCCGAUCCUCUUGGAGCAUCACCAUCUUUGAUGCAGCUGUGCCAGGCCCAGUUAGGCACGGAAAAGACAACACUGCUAAAUAUAUCAGAAAGUGAGGACAGUAGACGGGUCUGUACAGAACAAAUGGGUUCUACUACUAUGACAUCUGAAGUAGAAAAUGAGCACUUACUGUUUGGUGACAUUCAACAAGAUUUGUCAGUGAGGACCUCUCACCUUGCUGCGUUUUCCCCACAUUGGGCAUCAAACAUCUCAUCGAACAAUAACAUCUCCAAUGAGCCUCUACAACACAGCUCUGGUGUCUGGUGCAACCGCCGCUCUGAAGACCCCCAGGAUAUGGAGAUUGAACCGUAUGGUCCUGAAUCGUGGCAGGUCAUGGACUCUGGGGAGGGAGACAAUGUCAGCAUUCUUCCUGCAAGAAGGGAAGAUCUGUUUUGCAAAGCAGAGAAGCCUAUGGUCGAAGGGUGUUCAGUCUUGUUGGAAACAAAUUCAGAUAUCUUACUCAGCCAUUGCUCCCCUUCUGCAGCAGAAGACGUACGGAGUGAUCUGAUUGUAUCACACUCUGAUCACAUUCAUCAUCAUUUGGAAUCCCCAGAUAGUACAGACACCAGUGGGGAAAUGGAUCCACUUGGUGCAAGUUUAGUAGGACAUUGUGAAGUCCCAAUUCAGUCACAACCUACAAACAACCUUCAAAUCACAGAGGACAUAUCUGUUGUUUCACAAGGGGUUUCACUACAAUCCUUAUCACAGGAUAACUGUAGUAGUUGUCUUUCACCCGAUAAGGAGAGUGAAAGCCCUAACAAAUUGUUUCCCAAAGACUUUUUCCAGAUGCACAGUGACAGUGAUGAAGACACAAUGGAGUUGACUUCAGGGGUGUUUACAGACCUCUCUAGUGAGCGGAAUGAUGCAGUGCCAUCCUUCAGAUCAUUGCAGAUGCAAGUAGGAACUCCUGACUCCUUGGAUUCUUUAGACAUGCCAUCCACGGCCAGUUCAUGUGAUGCAUUUAGCCUUGGAACCUACACUCCAUGUGUACAGCACAAAGCUCUGGACAGUGGAUAUGACACUGAAAACUAUGAGUCUCCAGAAUUUGUUUUGAAAGAACCACAAGAUAAUAGAGAGACUGAGGUUUAUUACCAGCUGAAUCAAUCUCAGGAAAAAACGCUAGACCCUGGAGAAAUGCCAAUGUCCCGGUCAGUAAGUAGUGAUUUGCAAAGUCUAGAUGCCAAAAAUCCCUACAGAGAUUCUGCAUACUUCUCAGACUAUGACUAUUUUAACCGUGAAGAAGAAGAGACUGACCAGAGAGAUGAAAGAGAACAGAAAGAAGUUGAAAACUCCCAAUGUGUAAAGCUGGAAUUUGAGGCGACUGCUUCAGAUUUAUCUGAGAACUUAAAUAGCGAGCAAGCUCAUUCUGUCACAGAUGCAGAGAAAGAAAUACAUGGAUCUCUUUUGCAUCAGCCUUCUUUGCCACCACCAAAAGAGAUUUCUUUACUGCAGCCUCCUCUUAUAGCAAGGGAAGAGUCAGUGGAUGAAGGCUUAGGCCUUGAAUGCCAUAAAGAGUCUUCUGUUGAAAAACAACCCAAUAUAUGUUCAUCGAUUGAGUCCGUCUCACACAGGACCUUCACCUUGUCCCCUGUCCAGUUGUGCCUGACCAAAGCUUCCACGGUUAAACAGGGUGCACCAGGUAGUAUCACUUUAACCACUGGUCUGCAGGAAGAAGAAAACUCCUCCUGCAACAGAGAAGCACUAGGAGCUUCCCACCUACCAAAAUGCCUCUCUCCUCCACUUAUUCGGAAGGAGAGCAGAUUGGGGGAGUCCCCAGAGGAUGAUGAGGAUGAAGAGAGUGAGGACAGCGAUGAAUCUGAUGAGGAGCUCCGUUGCUAUAACAUCCAGGAGCACAGUGAGGAGAGUGAGGAGGAACACAGUACUGUACCCAUUGUCAUUACGGAUACCGGCAGCUCUGGUCAUCUCAGAAGCCUUCUGAAGACGCCAAACUUCUUGCCUCAGACUGAAACAACUGAUCUGGACAGAAAGAAAAAAGCGGUCUCUUUCUAUAAUGAUGUCACUGUCUAUUUAUUUGACCAGGAGAGUCCAGCACUGGAUCUGGCAGAGCAGGAAUUCCCAGAAUUGCCUACUGUCCUGCUGGACGUAGAACACAUGUCAUUUAAGGAGCCUGCAAACCACCUCUUGGGUGGUGGUGAAUUUCAGUGGGAUGAGGCCUUGCCUGCUAAAUCUGUGAAACCCUCCUUUAUAACCUCACUCACUCCAGCCAUACUGAAUCCUGAAGCUAACAGUGCUCCUAAGCCUGUGCCACUGCCCGCCAAGAAGCCGGAGCUUCCUGUCCAGCUGUCUAGAUUCAGCGUGUCACCAACUGCUGUGUCCCGAUUCUCUAUAACACAUGUGGCAGAUAAUGCCAUGGUAUCACUGGAAGUGGACCUGGCAUUAGGAAAAUGGGGAGAUUCAAAGAGAAAGUGCAGGCUGGGGAGCAGGUUUGAAGGACAACUGCAUAGCUCCUGGAUUCCCUUUUUACUUGGGCUCACAUUUGAGCUCCUGAUGCUCAGGACUGGAAAACACUGCAGAGCUGGAGGUUUUUAGAGAGAUGUUUUACUGUGGUUCACUGCUGCUGGAAAGGGACCUGUCCCUGAUACAACCACAGAUGCAGUCAGGUGUGUGUGUGUGUGCUUGUGACUAGUGUUCUUACAUGGGGACACUUUUGUUGCUUGCACUUAAAGUUUGGACUUGCACCAAUGUGUGUAGGAUUGUGUGCGCGAACGCCUAUGUAUGUUUAUUUUAUCAUGGACUAUUGAAUGUGGAUGUGUGUGCACAAUUUUAAAUAAUUGGUAUAUACAUGCUCAGUGUAUAUAGCUAUAUAUGUUUGUCUAUUUAUGUUCAUGUCAUGGAAGUAUUUAAAGUGUGUUUGUCGCCUAUGCACAGUAGAGGGAGCAAUUUAUGAUAUUUGAACCAAUAUUUAAUGUAAUUAUUGGUAAAACCCAUAAAUGACUGCACCCACUGUAGCUAGGUGCUGGGUGCACAUUAACUACAGGUUAGAUCAGCUCCCAGGGAUUAACUAACCAAUACUGGCUAAACUUAGUUCUUACACUGAAGACGCAUUAUUCUUGUUACGAUGUGUGCGCACAAGCGUCACCAUGGUCUGGUAGAGUUUGGCUGCACUCCCAAUAUGACUUUGCUACUGAUCUACUGGUUCAGACUUCAUACCAUCCUCUCUGCAUUUCAAAUGUAUGUUAUCAGGCUGGAACUUAUACCAUCUAAAUGGAUCCUGAAUACAGGCAGCUACUUCUUCCCUCAGAGAGUGCAGAUCUGCCACAAUGACUGAAAUCAUGCUGAAGAAAUAUUCUUAGUUCUGUACAUUGUACUUGUUCCAUUUUGCCUUCUGCCCCUUGCCCUGGAUGAUUGAUGAAGUAUUGAGAGGACCAGAUAGUAGGACUGGUGAGCUCCGCAGAUGUUGCAUGUCCGCUCAACUGAAGGAUUACGCAACAUCCACACUCUGGAAUCUUCCUACAGUGUAAAGUGCUGGAUUACCUCGAUGUCCUAUCCAGAUUCCAAGGGACCGUCAGACACAAACUGAUCGACUCUGCAGCAGAAAUAUGAUCAGAUCAUUUAUUCUCUCCUGGUACAGUUGAGAACAUUACACCCCCUUCCUAUAGUCCUAUAGUACAUACUGAUAUUGCAAAGUGCGUCUAUUCAUAAGUUAUAUAGGUGGAUGAAAAUAUUUAUAUUUUGUAACAGAUUAUAAAUGAAAAAUGUAUCUUUGCAAGUCCUACUGUUUAUGGGUAACCAGAGCGGAAGCUUGAAUCCGUGUGUAUGUACAUAUCUAUAUACUGUAUAUUGUAAGCGGGUUAAUGGGCCACUGUACAAAUUAUUUCAUUUUUUUACAAUGACCGUCAUGUAAUCAACACAGGUUGUUUUGUGUGCGUAUAAAAAAAACAAAUCACCACCA